UCGUUUUUGAAGACGCCUGAAAUUCGUUGACUAUCCAAACUGCAACUAUUUAAAUCAUACAACCACAUCUGAAAGUAAUGAGUUGUGUUCUUAAGAUAUUCGAGUAACUAUCGGAAAGGACUUUAUUCAACAGUCAACAAGAACUCAAGAUGGAUGCAGUCUCAGGGAAAAAGGCACCCGAGGGAACUGGAUCGGUGUCUGACCACACAUUCUGCCAGACAUGUGCGAACGAUGGCAAGGACAUCCCUCCUGAUGCCUUCUGUACCGUCUGCAAGGAGUUCCUGUGUUCCAACUGUGCCAGAGUACACAAGAACAUGACGUUAACCAAAAGCCACCCUCUUCAGGACAAGAGUACCAUGCCUUCUUCACUCCAACCAGAGAGUGAGAAUAAGGAUUUUACGGAAACAUGUCAACGCCAUGCCGAAGAGUUCAUAAAAUACUUUUGUCCCAAUCACGAGACACUUCUGUGUGGAGACUGCUUGGCUGAGAAAGAACACAGCUCAUGCACUAUUGAAAGGAUUUCUCAAGUGGCAACGCGGUACAAGGAGGGCUCAAAAUACAACGGUCUGAAGGCAGGACUUGUCCAGGUGGUCAAUGACAUCGGCAACCUUUCAGACAACAUACAAGCGAGCAUGAAAUAUAUUGAUGAAGAGAGCUUUACAAAUAUCAAUGCGCUUCGAAAGUUCAGGAAUGAAAUCAACCAAUACCUGGAUAAGAGGGAACAAGAGUUACUGGAAGAAAUUGAGCAGAAGAAACAAAAAUUACAAAGCCUGUUGAGUGAACUAAAAUCAAAUUGCCAAGACAUACAAGCUGCCACUGAGAAGCUCAAGGUCGAGCUACAAGCCAAGGAGGUCAACAGUAACCAGUUGUUCAUAUCUGGAACAAGGGCAAUUAAGGAGUUAGUCGGUUUUCAGUCAGCCCUUAAAGACAUCAGAGGUAAAAAAAGUGUGUCAUACUUCAAGUUCACAAGGGACCCCACCACAAAACAGCUGCUGGCUUCAUGCACAGCAAUUGGCAGAGUGGAUCAGGUGGCGUCAGAUUUGGCAGACCAUGUGGCAUCAGAUUUGGCAGACCAAGUGGCGUCAGAUUUGGCAGACCAGUUGGCGUUAAAUUUGGCAGACCAGCAGACAAAACCUCAGGUGUCAGCCUUAAACCAAGGCCGUGCAGACCUAAGACAGUACCAGUUUAGCAAGCUGUCUGGCAUUCCAGUGAAGACGGCAGCAGACACUAGUAACUGCUUCCUGACCGGUGUGGCCUUUCUGUCCAGAGACAGGCUCCUACUGGCUGACUUCAAAAAUAACUCAAUAAAGCUUGUGGACACCACUACCAACAAGAUGGUGUCCCAGGUGAAACUUCCCAGUGGCCCGUGGGGCCUGUGUCUCCUGCCCGGGAACAGGGCAGCCGUCACUCUACCUUUGGUGGAAAAGAUACAGUUCGUAUCUACUCAGAGAAUUGUCACACUACAGGAUGUUGUUAAAGUAGAUGGAGCAUGUCGUGGAAUAGAUUUCUGUGAUGACAACUUGAUAGUGUCCUUCCACCAACCAGGUAAGGUUGUGAUGAUGGACAUGACGGGAAAGGUGAAGAAGAGUGUGGACAAUGACAGCAGUGGAAAACCUUUGUUUCAGCAUUCGUUGAAUCUGACAGUGACCAGAGAGAGCCAGACUCCUUCGGUCCUUUAUGUCUCAGACUUGGACACCCACACCAUAACCAAGCUGAGCAUGUCACUAGAGGUGCUCCAGUCGUACCAAGAUCCGUUACUGAAAUACCCACGUGGUCUGGCACCCGUGGGGGACAACCAGCUGCUCGUGUGUGGGAGUAUCAGUGACAACAUCGUGUUACUGGACACGCUCACAGGCGAGAAAACCCAACUGUUGGGGAUAAAAGAGGAGAUAAAGAACCCAUACAGUGUGGCUUACUGUUCACAGAAGAAGAUGAUGUUUGUCACCUGCAGUCCAUCAGGUAGACCUAAAUUGGAGAAUUUCGUGAAAGUCUUCAAAGUUGCGUAACAAUUGCAUUAACUUUAACAUAAAUUGAUGUCAGUUUAAAAAUAUGUUAUGUGUCUUUAUGAAAAGGCAUAUGUUUUUCAGUGUUAAUAAAAAGAGUUAAUUCGGCAUAAAUUGUAUUAUAAUCUAAGGACCUUUUCUUUAAUCCUAAUCAAUGUGGAACAGAUAAAAUAAUUGUAAUAUUGUUAUCUUUGCUAUGCAAACAAAACAUGCUUGGUUACCUUCUAAAAUAUUCUUAAAUAUCAAUGCAUAUAUUUAGUUAUACGAGGGAUGAUCAAUAAUUACGUAGACUGGUCCCAUAAUUUUUUUCAUACUACUUGCAACAUAUUAGAAUUUGUACCAUUUAAAAGAGGAAACAUUUUUCUUUGACUGCCUUAAUUAGAAUAGCAUGAAUAUCCUAGUGCGAAAAAAAUGAUAUAAUGCAUCCAUAGUAACGCGCUACUGGCCCAGGUGAAGUUUUGUCGUACGUAUGCUGAAUUAAAAACAUCAUGAAAUAAAUAUCAGCUGCAGAAAUCCGCGUUUCUGUUUGACGAGGUUUCCGUGACGUCAUCUGAAAAUAUGACGUCAUUCGGCCGUUACAUAUUUAAAUAAACAACAUCUGCUCUAUGACAAUCACGCGUGCUAUGAGUUUCAAAUUGACUUCACAAGAACGUUUGGAAAUUCGCGCAAACAUUAAAUUUUGCAAAGAAAUAGGGAAAAAACCAUCCGAAACGUACAAGUUACUAAAGAUGACACGUGGAGAAAUCUGCGUUUGCCGUGCGCUGGUUUUCAAGUGGCAUCGACGCUUUUCCGAUGGCCGACAGUCCCUUGAAGAAGAUGCAGGUCGUGGACGGAAGUCAACAAUCGGACCGUCAGCCGUGACGUCACAUGGAGAGAAACUGAUGGCGGACUGCAGAAUGAAUGUACGGGAGUUGUCAGAGGCUGCCAAUGUCAGCUAUGGAACCGCACACAGCAUUCUAACCACCGAAUUAAACAUGCGGAAAGUAUUUAGCAGUAUUUAUUUCUCUUGUACAAUGAUUUUCAAUUUACAAUAGCAUAAUAACACUUUAAUAUUGGAUCGAUUGGGGAAUAUUCAAAUUGUUGCAAAUUAUUGUGAUGAACACUAAAAUGUUAUCAAUUGUUCAAAAUCACAUUUUGUUAUUUUGAUUGCCGAUGUGUAUGCAUUUGUAGGUUCACGCGCGCUUGGUGCCACGCAUCCUGACCGACAUCGAGAGAGACAGGUGCAUGAAGGAGUCACGACUAAUGAGACCUGGCUAUAUCUGAGAGACUCAGAGAUCCAGAGACCAAGGCACAGUCGGCUGUAUUGAAGAGAGGUGGGUCACCGCCACCUGAGAAAGCCCGAGUUUCACGUACCGCCGGUUAACAGAUGUACAUGAUGUUUGCGGAUUGUCGGGGAAUGAUCCUGUGUCACGCGGUGUCUGUUGGGAGAACGGAAAACGCGGAGUAUUAUUCGAAGGUGCUCGGCCGUGAUCUCAUCCGGGCGCUUAGAAAGAUGAGGAGAGACAUCCCUGUUGAUCAUUUCAUCCUCCAUCAGGAUAAUGCCCCACCUCAUACUGCGGCCACCACUCAGAUUGAUAUUAGCGUCCAAGGUAUAGAGGUUCUUCCACAUCCGCCGUACACACCUGACAUGGCCCCGUUUGACUUUGCUAUUUUCCUGGAGUUGAAGUCUCACCUCAAAGGUCGCCGAUUUGAAAGUUUACGGGAGCUACAUUCGGCUGCAAACGCAUUGAUACACCAGUAACCAGCAGCUUACUAUCGGGAUAUUAUCUUCAACAAAUGGCCAAAGAGACACGAACGCUGCUUACAAUGGUCUUUGAGAAGAAGUAAGAUCACACCAGACGUAUCUUGAACAACUUCAGGAUAGGCGACGUCGUUGAUGAUCUCGAACUGAUCGCGACGCGAACCGACAGCGCGAUAGUGUGCGUCUUCAAGUAGCCGUGAUUUGGUGUAGGAGUCAGACAUUUCUGAUAUUUACAGACGCAGUUGAGGAUAGAACGACGUGUUUGUCUAUGUACUUUUAUUAAUGCAAGUCUUAUACUAGUAAUGAUAUAGAGACAGUCUACGUAUUAAUUGAUCAUCUCUCGUAUGUCACCAAUUCAUGCUGUUGUCAAGAACCUAUAAGUAUAAAUGACGUUUAUAUGAUGACGUGUGUACAUGGAUGAAUGUUACCAAUAUGAGGACAAUGGAUAAUUGUAGUAUUAGUUUACUUUAACUCACAUAUUAUCCUGAAUAGUUUUUGUGCUGUAUUUUCCUAAAAGCCAUAAUUGUAUGGCUUGUUUUCAAUUCGUCUUCAGGAAUAAUGCAGCAGUUGUUGAACACAAAAAUUUGGCUCUGUUUCUGGUCAAAAUGAGUUUGAGAUGCUAUUUGUGGACAAUACAUAAAAAUCGUUGCCAUUAAUCAAAUACAUGAUAAAUGUUGUAAGUUUGA